UUUACCUAAGAUGAACAAGAUGAUAAGAGAUGUAUUUACCUAAGCCGAAGUGCAGCCUGCACGUGCACCCGAGCCAGCCUCAAUUAAGCCGCAGGAGCAAAUGUUAAACCGAAACCAAAUUCUACAGCAAGCCACUACCGCCAUUGAUUCCAUGCAAGAAGACAGAAAAUAUUACAAUAGUCAGAGACGUGGAUCUUCUCUUGAAGACAGUGGAGACUACCAGUGGUGUGUGGAUGACGAAUGUGAUAGAGAACUGAAUAUAAGUCUAACCAUGGAUUCACACAACACCACCCUCUCACCUGAUCAAGACAGUUUAAAUUACGACGACAUUUCUAAACAUCUGGAUGCCAGUCUGGCGGAAAUAGACAUGGAAACGUUCCAAUCAAAGGAUAUUACUUCCGCAUUGACACUUCCUGGAAUAUUCGGCUCCGAGAGUUCGAUCGAGGGUCAUCUAGGUGGAGAAAACUGUGCUUCUAUAUCUGCCUCACUUUUAAACGAUUUUGAAUUGGAAUGUUCUUUCGGCCCUCAUACUAUGUCGGAAGACGAGUCUGCAGAAGGUUCUAAUAACGAACCACCUUUUUCCCCUGCAAAAAAUCCUAUACAUCUUAACAGCAUCUCAAUGGAUAGUUUGGAUUGCACUUGUUUUGAUCAAAAUAACAUCAUUGUUACCUGUCAAGCCAAUAAAAGUAACUAUACUCUCGCAUUUGAAGAAGAUGGAGCUCAUCUGUCAGACGACGCACGCCUCCUCGUGGAUACGGAACAAAUUAAGGAAGAAGUCUCAAAGCCAACGCUGAUAACCAAGAAUAGACAGUCUCAGAAAAUGUAUUACCGUCCGACGGAGCAAUCGGAUACACCUUAUACGACUUGGGGAACGUUAAAGAACUCUAAACAGAUAAUUCGCCCGACAUUUUCUGCCAAGCAUCUACGUUCGAGAAGUAAAAGUCUUCCCAGCCUUGUUAAACAAUCUUUAAUAGUGACAGAGAGCCAUUUUGGGGAAUAUGGAUUUCAGAUAAGCCCAGUAAAAUGUGUCCCUGUUUAUGAGCUUCACCACAGCUGUUCUGGUUCACUCCAAGACAGCAAAGUGAAAACCAAUAGAAAUUAUGUACCUUUGUUCAAGCUGUUUAUCAAAAACAAAACUUCAUUAGCGUCGGAUACAUGCUCUAAUUCAACAUCAAGCAGUCGAUUUGGAUCUUUGGAAAAUGUCAUACCGUAUGAUACUGUUCAAUCUGACGAAAAUAUUCUUAUGACAAACACGCAUAAUGGUACUGGACAUUUUUUGUCAAAGCCACAAAAGCUUCAUUUCGAAAAAAAGUGUGACAAUUAUAGAGCUGAUUUAGUGAAAUCACCAAAUAUUUUAGAAUUUGAUAAUGGAAAAGAAAUUCAUGCCAUCCUUUAUAAACGGGGAAUAACAACAACAUCAGUAAAGCAUAUUUUGAAUAGACAUCCAAACGAACUUAACAAUAAUGUGAUGCAAACAUCCGUCGACAACAAAUUUCCUGAAAUUGACAUAAAUAGAACCAGUAAUAGCAAAAAAAUUACACUAGAGAGUAAUGAUUGCAGCUCAUUGUAUUUCGAGGAUAGCCUGUUAGAAGGUUCUUUGAUACAGCAUACCCCCACACAUUCUUCUACUAUUCAAGAAGAGGAACAGCUAGAUACCGAUUCAGUUAGUGGAUAUGAAACAAUGAGGGGCAGUAAAGACCCUUUUGGCAGUGAUAUGAGUAUUUUUGAAGAAGGGCCUAGCAAUUUCGUUGGAUAUAAGUACGUCGUGAGGAGAGCCACGGAAGAAACUAACACAGUUCAUAGACUUAACAAUUUCUUCUUUGGUGGAAAAACAGAAAAGGGUCUAAUAAACAACAUGUGUGCCACAAAUGAUAAGAACAAACUGUUAGAGAAGUGCAUUGAGUUGAAUCCAGAAAGCAAUUCUCAGGGAACUCAGACAAAGACAAUAAACAGCAAGGAUGAAACUCCUGCUAGUUAUUGUAGUGAUGAAACUUUAUUUCAAGCUCUUCCCAGUUUAAGUGAGAUACUAAACAAUAGUAGACAAAGUCGUGGGUCCCGUGAAACUAGUCCUGCUUCUAGUGGAUAUGGCGGAAGCAGACAAAAUUCUCUGGAGAGGUUGCGCCACAAUUCUCAAACUUUCAUCAACAACAGUAAACGCAUUUCCUCUCCUGUUUUAAAAAGAAAAAAGAAUGUGUCCAUUUCCAAAAACAGAAGCUGUGGGACACAAUUACCUAUACACAUAAGGGAUCAAGCCAUACAGACUUCUUUAAUGUCUUCUAGUGGUCCUCUUCAAAGUUUAAAUGUUCGGGAAGCUUGCACAGAUUCCUCAGAGGAUAAGACUAGUGAAUAUUUCUCUCCAUGCUUGUCUUCUGAUAAUUCAAGAUUUUCCAGCUCUUCGAGUACUACAAACUCUGAGAAAAGGCCCGUUGUUGUAUAUUAUCCAAGUUAUUCGCUGCCUGACCUAAGUUUUCUGAAUAUAUUUGGUAAUAAACCAGAAGAAAAAGACUUAAUAGACGUUAAUCCAAAUGAUAAUGGCCCAACAACGCCUGUUAGUACCAAUGAGAAUCAAAUUAUCACUGAAAAGAAUGUAGACGUUUCUAAAUCUGAGAAACUUCCAGAAAAGACUUUUAGCCACAUCAGAGACUGGGAUUCCUUAAGUGUUUUACUCCCCACUAAGCUAAAAUCCGUUAUUCCAAAUAGUUGUCAGGCGAAAGGUCUAGAUCAUGAGCAUGUAGACAAAGAAGGAAUUUAUUACAAUUGUUCCGGUACUAUAAAUAGUUCUUUUACAGAACGUUUAAGAUAUCAGAGUCAUCAGGAAAAAGAGUUCUCUUGUUCAGGUGAAAGCUUCUCCUCUACAACAUCAAGUUCACGAGGAAGUGAACAUCCAUAUUUUGAUAGUACAACAUGCAGGCAACAUACAGCUGAAAAAACCCCGCCACCGAUUCCCAAACGUUCCCUUUCCUUACCAUUUGAAAAUAUUAAUCUAAAAAAGGGCCAAAAUGAUAAACGUCGAAGAGGCAUUUUGAGAAAGUCACCUUCAGUAAGCUCUUGUAAUAAACAAAAAAACCAUGAGAGAUGUGGUGUCACAUGUCGUGGAGUAUCUUGCCAGUUAGACUUAAGAAGACGUAACCAACUCGAUCAGUAUACACAGUCCUUGGAAAAUAUUCCUGAGAAGAUACCUCAAUCUGAAAACGAAAUUAGUUGUAAUAAGAAUAUCGAAUCCCCCCAUGAAUACGCAACUAUUCAACUCCAAAAAGAAACUAAGUUAGAUCAUGUUAACUACAAACCUGUUGAAAAAUCGGGUGCAGAUGAUUCAGGACAAAAGUGUCCAAUUUCUUUGAAUGAUCAAAACUUGUCCAAUCCUGUUACAAAAGCAUUCUUAGAUGAAAAUUAUAAAAAAGAUCAGAUUCAAAAAAAUUCAUCUCCACAAUCAUUGGAACAGGAUACAAAUUCAAAACAAGACACAAAGGUUUCUUACAGCUCUUGCAACAACAGCUCGAAUACCGAUCAAAAUGAUCAAUGUUGCAGUCUCAAUUCCAUUACAUCUCCAAUCCAUCAGCUGUGUGACCAACUUCAACAAUUACUUAAUUCUAACACAAGUCUAAAUUUGAUGGCAGCAGCCUUACUAGCUACAAAAGGAUCACCAGAAGCCAUCAAUUGUUAUAGCUCUUCUUCAAAUUCCAACUAUCCACGAGAAAAAAAAUCUGUGACUUUUCACGAUUUGGCACCCGGUGCUCACACGAACAACAAAAAUAUUAACGAAGUGACAGAGAAGAAUUCGAAAUUCGAAAUGGCCACAGAGGAAAGUUUAACAGGAGAAAUAAACAGUGAAGAAGAGUCCGACAGUCCACCUCAAGAGUUUGCUGUAUCACCACAACAGGGAUCAUCUUCAACUUUCUCACCUUUAACACUUUCUUCUGAUCUAAAUACUUUUCCAGGUCCCGUGGACAUUCUAACCCUGUACUUCAAAUAUAAAACAGAUUUAUUGAACAAUAUUACCGAAGCUGUGGAACAACUCCUGACUGACCAAACUGAUCACGAAAAUCAGAAGGAAAAGGUUCUAAAAUAUCUGUGCCCUGCUCUAUAUAACGUCUUAGCAAACGGUCUACUUUCAUCUGAACCGGGAUCUAUAAUUUUCUCACCAUGGACAGUAACUGAAGCGUGUUCACGACUUGGCCAUCAACCUCAAGAGCUUCGAGACCUAGUUAAGUUGAUUGAUGGAUAUGAUAACUUCGGUGGACAUACUUACAAAUUUUAUAUCUUCGUUUUUGGUCUCUUGAACCUCGGGAUCAUAGAUUGGUGGUUUCUUCAUUUAACUUCAUCUGAGCCCUUGCUUCGUCAGUAUUACCAGCCUGAUGCGCUACUCUGCCUGUUAGCUUCUCCUUUAGCCACUAAACUGUGUGAAGAUAUCUUGGUCAGACUCAGACCUCUUUCCUCGUUACCCUUUGCUCUGGAUUUGAGUAUUAAAAGCAAAGAUAUCGAAGCCACUGAUAAAAAUCCUUCACCAAUAAUACCGAUAACGUUCUCUAAAGAGUCUAAAGUAAUCCAAAAACCACAAUCUGAACCUUCUGGUUAUCAGUAUGGUGUGGUUGAUGAAGAAAAAGCUUUAUUUUUGAAUCGUUCCAAGAAACAUAUUCAUCCUAUAAGCCAUACAAAAAAUGUAUCUACAACACUAUAUUCUGAUAACAAACCUUCCAAAGCAUCUUUCUUGCACAACAGUGGCAAGAAAGAAACUGUUAUCAGGCAAGAGAAACUAACGAAUAAUGAAGUAUUAAAAACGAAUUACCUCCAUAAAAAUAAACAAAUUUAUAAUAAUUAUGAACAAGAUGCAGCGACGAAUCUAGAACCACUCCUCAAGAAAGAGUCCGAUGUUGAUGAAGCUCGUGAAAUAAAUUCAUCUGUACAGCUGUAUACAGAUUCGGCAAAAGACAUUUUUCAAAGAGCAGUUGAUUUAGCUUUCCCUUCAACUCCGACACGUGAGAGAGAAGCUCGUGAGCUGUGUAUUUUAGCAGGAGAUACACACUGUAAAAAAAAACAUGAUACCGACUUAUUUAUUAACCAUACCAAAAGAGAAAACAGAUGUAAAAAAAAUGUUCGGGAAAAAAAUAAUAUGUUUUCUAAAGCUGGAUCAAAAAAUAAACAGACUGGUGAAAUGGAAGAUUAUUUUAAAGAUUUAAAACUAGAAUGGGAGCAGUUGAUAUCCUCACCCAAUAGCGAUGGUCAGAAUCCGACUAAAACAGUAACACCAACUAUGUCCAAAGGUCUUCCUUUACAAUCACAACCAAUUGUUGAUAAGCUCUCUGAGAUAUCGGGAAGUCCACGGUUGUCGCGACGAACAGCAGCAGCUAGAAAAGUCAAAACGUCAUCCCCAACUUCUUCCCACGCUGAAACUUUCUCCAAGAAGCAAACUCCCAUACAUAAUAAAAAUUCUCCCAAACAACUUACUUCUAAAGGAUUUCGAGAACCCGUUAAAGGAUCAGCUGUGAUGAAACCAAUAACUCGUACUCCAAGAGGCCCACCGAAUCCCACAGUUAAGCAAGUUAUUACAACAAACAACAUGCCAGCUAUCUCUACGAAACAAAAGGGGGUUGUUUCCACUCCAAGUUCUCCAAGUCGAAAACCUAAUCCAAGAAGGGCUUCGGGUAAUGUAAACUCGAGUGCUUCAAACUCGUCUAAUUCCGCCAAGCACUCUACUCCCUUAAAUGCAUCAGGACCCAAUGAGUCCAAACAAAACCCAGUUCGAAAAUCUCUUAUUCCAGUGCAAAGAGAAAACCGAGCCUCUUCUGGUCAACAGAGAAGGACCACAAAGCAUAACGCAGUUGGAUUUUCCCAAUCCUAAGACAGAAGAUCGGAGCCAUAGCAGAUUUGUCACGUGACCUGGACAUUGUGACAUCUAACAGAAGAAAAGGUAUACAUACGAAGGAACGUUACCGAUAAAAACUAAAAGGCAUAACGAAUGAUGACUGCGUGGGAUGUUAAAUUAGAAAACCAGAAUAUUACUCAUACUGCUGUACAUGUAUGAUUUACGAAACCACACUUAGUUUGUAUGACUCUAGUAAUACCCCUACUAUUUCAGUUUAUUUUCAGUUAAACUCACUUAGUGAAGAGAAAUGUAUGUAUGGUUGCAUUUUUCUUGACGUGUUGUAUUUUAAUAAGUGUCUUUAUCGUACUCGUUAUAUUAGUGAAACAUAAAGUGUAUAUAUAUUUAUAGAGGAUAUCGUUAAGUUCUUCAAGUUAAGCCAGUAGAUGCCCGCAAUGCAGUUUCCCGAAUCGAUCCCAUAAGCUUAGCUGCAAACAUGCUCUGUUACUGUGUAAGAUAUUGAAGAUAAUUUAGUGUUCACUCGUGUCGAUAUAUAUAUAUAGUGAAAGUGAUGAUUAAUAUUCCUUAAGGAUAUUUGUAUUUUGUUGAUAUUAAGUUCCAAUGAGACCAAGCUGCCUAGUUAAAGUACAAUUAAAAUCAACCUGGUAACGAGUAUAACUAAUUAAAUAUACUCUUAUUACCAUCUUACUUUUGAAGGUUAGAAUGCAUUGUUUCAUCGUUUGAGUACCCUCGCUGUUAACGAUAUUUUCGGCCAUAAACCCAAUAAUAUCCUACGAGGCUCAGCCAGCUUGGGAGAUUUAGAUUAGUCUUAAAUUCAUAUAUUUAGCUAACAUUACAAAACAAUCUCCAAAUCAGAGAGUAUAAUAAUAGAAAAAAAAUGACAACCAAUCAAACUAGAUGUAUUAAACAUUAUUUCAUCUAUAAACACUUUUUUCAAGCGUUUUAUAGAUUGGACUACACUUUAAGAAAAUAUAUUAGGUGUCCAUAAAUCUUGGUAUUUGGUAGCAAAACAUGAAAACGUCAUUAAAAUUUAUCGCAUUUAAAAUAGAAGAUAAGGGUCAGUCACUGUCUUAUGCUUAACUUUUCAUUUUAUUACUGUCAUUAAAACACGACUUACAGAAAAGUGCAGGCACAUUAUUUUAUAUAAACUGAUUAAACAGCAAUAUAUUUUGGGCACUAUGUAUGAAUUGAAGGUAUGAAACCAGGUAUGUAGAAGUCAUAAAAACUUGAAUGGUACUAUGUUUUAAUUUUUCAGCUUAAACGAAUUUAAAAUAAUUUCAUUUUUAAUCAUAUUUUGUUACUAUUUGCAGUUGAAAAAGUUCGAUAUUAGCUGAAAAUUGCUCUAUUAAAAAUCAUGCACCGACGUUUUGCACAUUUGUAGAUGCUUUAAUGUGUUUAAAUAUUCAUGAAAAUAAAUCUCCAGAAGACAAAUUAAUAAUGAACAACUUAUUUAGGAGAUGGGGCGCACAAGGUCCUUUUGAACCAGGGACACAAAAAAGUUAAAUUAUAGAUAUAAUUCUAACUUGAAGAAAAUAUAUUUAAUGUACAUAAGUAAUGUCAAUGUAGUAAUGUCACUGAUUUUUAGAAAGUGUAUCAAUUUAAAGACCUUUAGGCCAUUUAAUUAAAAAAAUAUUACAUCAUUACAAAAGAUUUCCAUAUCUUUGUGGAGCAGACAAAGUAUUAUUUUGUUUGAUGUUUCACUACUUAUAAGAAAUAUAUUUUUGUCAAUAUAAAUGCUUUGAGCGCUGAACAAAACAACAGAGUGUAAUAUUCAGCAUCCUCUCUCUCUUCUCCGGAUCGGGAUUUAGGUCGUUUUUACGACCUGGGAGGGUCAGGUUCAGGUAGACCUCUUCCUCCCUUCUGUACAGUUGUUAUAGUUUUUCUUUGAUUCAGGUUUUUUGGUUCAGGCUGGUUUGAUGAUUUCUGUUAGUACUUUCCUUUUCAGGGCCAUGUCCGUUUUAUGUUAUCAAGUUGUGUAUG